GGCUGCAGGUGUUGAAAACGAUAAGAGGAGAGCAGGACGUCCUGAUCGACUUUAAACUUCUAUUUCCACGCAGACAAACAGGAAAAAACAUAUUUUGUUUUACGGAAGAUGAAGCAAAUUUUUUUGAAGAUUAUCUUGGUGCUUUUCUCUGGCUUCAUGUGUCUCAGAGUUGAAGGUAUCUGCAGCGUGGAGCAUUGUACUGACCCAACAAGAUGCGUCCUGUCUGGAGACCAGAGGAGCUGCAAGUGCGCCAGCGGAUUUUAUUCUGCCCAAUGUGACCAAAGUGCUCAAAUGAAAGUUAUGUGUGGCAGAGACUACAUGAGCAUCAGAGCAACAGAAGAGUUCUUCUUGUAUCACAAGGUGCCACUGGAGGCCCUGCAUUUGCCCAACAAGUCCUGUCACGCUCAAAGAGAAGUCAUCAGAGAAACUCCGUACUACAUGUUCAGGAUUUCUAAAGAGAAAUAUUUGGCCUGUGGAGGAAAACCGCUCAGGAAAAAUACAACCCACCUUCUAUACUCCCUGACCGUCCAAUCAGCACCGCAGGUCAUCGGGAACAUCAUCAGAGACCCGGUCAUUAAAAUGGAGUUCACAUGCAUCUAUCCGUAUAUCAGAAGGGUCAGUCUCCCUUUUCCGGUUCUUCCACUCUCAAGUGAGACAGUGAUGCAGGUAGAUGAGAUGGAUGCCACCAUACACAUGUUGCUUUAUGCUGACCAUGCAUUCACAAAGGCCUACACCAGUGCUCCAACCAUUGAGCUCAGAGACAAGGUGUACGUAGAGGUGGCUGUGACAGAACCUGCAGAUUACUUCCUCCUCCGGGUCAAUGACUGUUGGGCCACACAGUCUCCCCAGCUAAACUCUACAAAAGGGCUGCUUCACAGCCUCAUUCAUAAUGGCUGUGUGGACGACCAAACUGUCUCCUUCCUCAGUCUGGAAGAGGGACAGUCUGGAAACAAUGGAGAAAGCUCCACCGUUCGGUACAGCUUUGACAUGUUUCGCUUCACCACUGAACCUCCUGAGCUGUAUCUGCACUGCAGCGUGCAGCUGUGUGAGCUGGAUGACCUCAAGUCCUGCAUGCCUAGCUGCAAAGCAAUCAGUAAAAGAGAAGCUUUGAGGGAAUAUCCCAGCCAGGGCCUGCUGUCAUACGGACCCAUCAAGAUUGAAAUGCCGGACCAACCAGAGUCCAGCAUAUUGAUGACUGUGGUGCUUCCUGUGGCCGGAGUCUGGACAUUGAGCUUCUUCAUCACCGUUCUCAUCAGUGUGGCCAAGGCAGGCAGUAGGAGGAUCCCAAAAACUGAAGCUCACUGACGACCAUCCUGCUGCAGCAUAGACAAAACUCAGUCUUUUAUUAGUUCUGUUUUUCCUCCCCUCUGCAGAGGUUUACAGAAAUAAUGAAAAUACUCUGAAAUUCAAUAUUUUCUGUUUUUUCACAAAGACUCCUCUUCAGUGAUUAUGAACUGUUGCACAUAAUAAAAAUGUCCCAAGAGAA